CCGGCGUGAGUGAGCGAGUUUGGGCUUUUUUUUUUAAAGAUGGCGGCUGCAGCGGGCUUGGAGUUCCAGCGAGCCCAGUCCUUGCUCAGCACCGACCGCGAGGCCUCCAUCGGCAUCCUUCACUCCAUCGUGAAGCGUGAUGUCCAAGAGAACGAUGAAGAGGCAGUGCAGGUCAAAGAGCAAAGCAUCUUGGAGCUGGGAGGUCUUCUCGCCAAAACGGGACAAGCUGAAGAGCUUGGAGGACUCUUGAAAUAUGUGCGUCCAUUCUUGAACUCCAUCAGCAAGGCGAAGGCAGCUCGCUUGGUUCGGUCUCUGCUAGACCUGUUCCUGGACAUGGAGGCAGCAACGGGACAAGAGGUCGACUUGUGUCUUGAAUGCAUUGAGUGGGCCAAAUCAGAGAAGAGGACGUUCCUGCGCCAAGCUCUGGAGGCAAGGCUGGUGUCUUUGUACUUUGACACUAAAAGGUACCAGGAGGCAUUGCAAUUAGGCUCACAGCUUUUGCGGGAGUUGAAGAAGAUGGAUGACAAGGCCCUGUUAGUGGAAGUCCAGCUGCUAGAGAGCAAGACCUAUCAUGCCUUGAGCAACCUGCCAAAAGCGAGAGCAGCAUUAACCUCUGCCCGAACCACAGCCAACGCGAUAUAUUGCCCACCCAAGCUGCAGGCAGCCCUGGAUAUGCAGUCAGGCAUCAUCCAUGCAGCAGAAGAGAAAGACUGGAAGACUGCAUAUUCUUAUUUUUACGAGGCAUUCGAGGGUUACGACUCCAUCGACAGCCCCAAAGCCAUCACGGCGUUGAAAUACAUGUUGCUGUGCAAGAUCAUGCUGAACUUGCCUGAGGAUGUGCAGGCCCUGGUGAGUGGCAAGCUUGCCCUACGAUAUGCUGGCAGACAGACAGAAGCACUGAAGUGUGUGGCACAGGCCAGUAAAAAUCGAUCACUGGAUGACUUCAAGAAGGCUCUGAAAGAUUAUAAAGUGGAACUCAGGGACGACCCCAUCAUUAAUACACAUUUGGGCAAACUUUAUGAUAACUUACUGGAACAGAAUCUGAUCCGGGUCAUUGAGCCGUUUUCCAGAGUGCAGAUUGAACACAUAUCUAGCCUUAUCAAGUUGUCAAAGGCGGAUGUGGAAAGGAAACUCUCACAGAUGAUCCUGGACAAGAAGUUCCACGGGAUCCUUGACCAAGGGGAAGGCGUCCUGAUCAUUUUUGAUGAACCGCCUGUAGACAAAACGUACGAAGCUGCUCUGGAGACCAUUCAAAACAUGAGCAAAGUAGUGGAUUCGCUAUACAACAAAGCCAAGAAGCUAACAUAGAGUUGGGAACUGUUGCCUGUUGCUUUGGAGAGUGGGUGCGUGAAAUCCUUUUUGGGGGGGAACAAAAGGCUGGAAGACUGGUGGUUUUUUUCUCCCCCCCUCCCCCAUUUUGCUCUACUUUUUCACUUGGAAAGUUUUAAGACUUCCUCAUCUGAUCCAUCCUGUCUAUACAAUUGUGUGUUCCAGUUUCCAUGUAACCUUUCACCUGCUGAACUUUGUACUGGGAUGGGGAAAUAAUGUUUUAAAAAGGAAAAAGAUUUUUUUGGUGGGGAUGGGGCAGUGGAGGGAGGGGAGGAAGCAGUGGCUGUAUCCUG